AUGUCUGAAAAUAAAGAAGAUCAAUUGGAAACUCCAGAAGAGUUUGAAAAAAAUUACGAUAAAUGGAUUCAAGAAAACAAGUCUCGUACUGAGCAGGUGGAUUUUAAAAAAAUCGAAAAAGCUCUUGGGAAAGAAAACAAACCAAAUGCCAGAACAGAGAAAAAACCCGCAAAAGAAAGAACCAAAGAAGAAAAAAACGAAGAAGAAAAAAAAGGUGGAGAAGAAACGAAUAACGCCGAAGAAGAAAACGAAACCGAAUUAGAAAAAGACAAAGAAGAAUACAAAGCUCAAGAAGAAAGAGCUGAAAAAGAAUACGAAGCCGAAAUAGAAAGAGCUGAAGAAGAAAAACAAGCAGAAGAAAAAAAAGCUGAAAAACGAAGAACCAAAGAAGAAAAAGAAGCUGAAGAAGAGAGAGACAAAGAAAAAAAAGCCGAAAAAAAACGAGCCAAAGAAGAUAAAGAAGCUGAAGAAAAAAGAGCCAAAGAAGAAAAAAAGGCUGAAGAACAAGCAAAGGCAAAUAGAGAAUGUACAAGUUAA